AUGCGUUUCUAUCUGCUCUUCUUUUUGGCCCUGAGCUGCUGCCUGCUGCACUGCUCCGUGGCUGGAGUGAAUUUGGUGCGCGGACUGGAGGCUGGUCAUCAUCGCAACUCCACGGGCGCAGCACCACCACGUGGUGCUCCUCCACCACCACCUCGCACCACCACCGCCAGCUCCUCGGGAUAA